GUCGUUACGGUUAGACGUGCGCUCAGUUUGCGCGAGUUACGUUACGAGCUUUCGAAUUUUACCUGUGGAUUUUCUGUGGCAUGUGCUCUAAUUAUUAAAUAUAUAUAAUAACUUUUGUGGCUCUAUCUGGAUUGGUCUCGCCUGUGUUAAAAAACCGUCAUCUUCAUUCAAGGCAAAUCUUGACAGACGUUGGUCGAAAAUUCUCCGUGACUCCAAUCUUUUAUAUCAGCUGCAGUGAAAAGGUAUUUAAUCAUCGCGUUUGACUACAAAAUUGUAUUUAAAGUUUUCUUUUGGAUUCAGUGACGGCAAGAUAAACAGAAAGAUUCUUAAUUCACGUCUUCUUCACUUGUGUUGGCAGUCUUAAUUAAUACAACAACAUGAUGAACGAAGAAUUAAAACAUAAAAAGUUUCAGAAAUGAGUCAAAAAACUAGAAAGAAACUCAUUCGUCAGGGCCACCUGAAGAUAGAUUUAUAGCCUUAAGGCCGCUUAUUAUGCUUUAGCAUGUAGAAAUAUUAAAUUGAUAUUACAUAUCUCCGUAUCAAAGGACAUAUCUUGAAUUAUAUCACCGACAAGCCAAUGUCAAACAUAUUUCAUCAAUUGAUGCUAGUCACCUAUUUGUGAUUAUAGAUAGUGUUAACAUUUUUGCUCAAAUUUUAUGUAAACUAUUUUCUAUAAUAAACUUAGAUGGUAUCCUUAUUAAAAACUAAAGAAGCUUUUAGAAAUAAUAAUAGGAAAAUAUAUUGAUAAUAUAAACGCUAGAGAUACGUAAGAUGAAAUACUACACCAUGUUUUUUUUAAGAAGAAGGACUUUGAUAUUGAAAGCUGUGCUGAUUCUGACGGCCUUAUGGUUUAUGGUAGCGUUACUAACCACAAACGGAGCCACAAGGAACGCUAUCGGUGCACCGCCGAUCGAAUACGAUGAUGCAGAGGCGAAACCGUUGAAAAUGGCUAAGCCUACAUCAACGAAAAAGAAAAGCGAAUCGUACGGCAACAAUUUAUCCGACGCACCUACGCGAGUCGACUGGAUGGGUCGGAUCGCAGGCAAAGAAGGGCUCGGCGUAAUUGCCGCCCCCGGUUCGGACAACGCACCGGGCGAACUCGGCAAACCGGUCGUUUUGCCAACGAAUAUGAGCGACGAUGCGAAGCUGGCGGUAUCGGAGGGUUGGAAAAAGAACGCUUUCAAUCAGUACGUGAGCGACCUGAUAUCGAUUAGGCGGAAGUUACCCGACCCGAGAGAUGAAUGGUGCAAGCAACCUGGACGCUAUUUAGAAGAUCUUCCACAAACGUCAGUAGUUAUUUGCUUCCACAAUGAAGCUUGGUCAGUGUUACUUCGUACUGUUCAUUCAGUCAUUGACAGAUCACCAGCUCAUUUGAUAAAGGAAAUUGUUCUCGUCGAUGAUUUUUCGGAUAUGCCACACUUGAUGCAACAGCUAGACGAUUACAUGUCAUCACUUCCCAAAGUAAGGAUAGUUCGUGCAACUCGACGCGAAGGCCUUAUUAGAGCUAGACUUCUGGGAGCUCGAUAUGUCACCGCGCCUGUUCUAACGUACCUCGACAGCCACUGCGAGUGCACGGAGGGAUGGUUGGAGCCAUUAUUAGAUAGAAUCGCUCGUAAUAAAACGACAGUCGUAUGUCCGGUUAUUGAUGUUAUUGACGAUAAUACUCUCGAGUACCACUACAGGGACUCAUCAUCAGUCAAUGUCGGUGGUUUCGAUUGGAAUCUUCAGUUCAAUUGGCACCCGGUACCGGCUAAAGAGAGAUCGAGGCACAAACACACCGCAGAACCUGUCUAUUCUCCAACCAUGGCCGGUGGUCUUUUUGCUAUAGACAAAGAAUUCUUCGAAAGACUCGGUACCUAUGAUAGCGGCUUCGAUAUAUGGGGCGGUGAAAACUUGGAGCUAUCAUUCAAAACUUGGAUGUGCGGUGGCACUCUUGAAAUAGUGCCGUGUUCUCAUGUCGGUCAUAUAUUCAGAAAGAGAUCACCCUACAAAUGGAGGACUGGGGUUAAUGUACUUAAGAAAAAUUCCGUGAGAUUAGCGGAGGUAUGGUUAGACGAUUAUGCGAAGUAUUACUAUCAACGUGUCGGCAACGAUAAAGGAGAUUUCGGUGAUAUUACUAGCCGAAAAUCAUUGAGGCAAAAGUUAGGAUGUAAAUCAUUUGAAUGGUAUUUGAAGAAUAUUUACCCAGAACUAUUCAUCCCUGGAGAGUCGGUUGCCCAUGGCGAGAUUCGAAAUGUCGCCUUCGAAAAAACAUGUCUGGAUUCCCCGACGCGCAAGUCGGAUCACCAUAAGCCUGUCGGACUAUACCCGUGUCAUCGGCAGGGAGGAAAUCAGUACUGGAUGUAUUCAAAGAAUGGUGAGAUACGUCGUGACGAAACUUGCCUCGACUAUUCAGGUCACGAUGUUGUGUUGUACCCUUGUCAUGGAGCUAAGGGUAAUCAAUUAUGGCUGUAUGACCCUAAUACAAAGUUACUUAAACACGGUUCGAGUGAAAAAUGCAUGGCAAUAUCACGAAACAAGGAUAAAAUAGUAAUGGAAACAUGCAAUGAAUCAGAAACGAGGCAGAUGUGGAACAUGGAGAACUUCAACGCGGACAGACUCAGUCCGGAGCUCACGGCCGAGUAGCCGGAGGCCUACGAUGAAGUGCUCUUCAUAUAAAACAGCUAAAAACUUUCAAACGGACAAGAUUCGUAAAGUGACUAAAGUGUGUAUAUCACUUGUUGUUUGACGCAUUUAGUACUUUAAAGUAUAUAAAGUUAAGUGGUGUGCUCGAACUUUUAGAACGUUUUAUAGUUUAAUGUGAUGUCCGGAAUCACACAGCUAAUUAGUCAUUCAAUUUGAAGUUUAACUCGGCCUAAGGAAAUCGGAAUUUAUUUAAAAAUCUCUAGUUUGAAAUAGUUUUAAACAGCGUAUCGAACGGAGAUUUUAAAAUUAAAUUUUUACGAACCUCCGUCGAUAAUUUCUUAGUUUUUUUUUUUGUUAAUUAAGAAGUUCUCGUCUCAAUUUCUCAUCUAUUAUUCUAAAUUUUAAUAAAAACAUUUCAUAAUUUUUAGUUCAUGUAUUUUUUUUUUAUUUUAAUGAAAAAUAAACAAGAUAGUAUUGUAUGUCAAGUAUUAAAUAUAGUAUAUAGACUUAAAACUUAUACUGUACAUAUCUUGCUACAUAUUAUUAUAAUAUAAUAGAAUUACAUUUUUGAAUAAUAAUAAUAAUACUUACUCGCGUUAUUGAUGGUUUGGUUUCGAAAUGUGCUCUUGUGAUUUCUUCAAAUCUUUAUUAGAUUUAAAUGGUGUCCUAGAAGAUUGAUCUAGUUAAAAUAUUUAUGAAAUAAAUGUAGGUAGGUAUUGUUAUAAUAUUUUAUAUUUUAGUUACUAUUCGUAGUAAGUGAAUAUUUUUGUAAAAUAUCAAAUUUUAAGCGAAUUUAUCAUAAGCUAUUUGAACUGAUUAUAUUGUUUGCUCUUAUUUUAAUUGAGAAAUUUUAUUUUUUCUAUGACGAAAUUAUAUCCGAUAUGAAUAAACAUUCAGAUUAUUAUUAUAUCUAUGUCAUAUCAUAUCUAUAUAAUUGAAACAAAAGUGGUCCUAAGGGUGAUACUUGUAGAACUCUUAAAAUAAAUGUUGUUUUUUUUUACAAUAGUCAUUUUUCAUUCAUUUUAAUAUAGUUUUCUUGUUAGUUUAAAUUACAGACUUGUAUUAUGUUGUCAAUUUACUUAGAUUCAAUAUAUAUAUAUAUGUUUAUUUAAGUAUUUGCAGAUGUAUUUAUAAUCCAUCAAAAUGUUUUAUAUAAUUAGCAGAUUUUUUGAUGAACUUAAGUUUAAAUUACACGACAUUCCCAUUUGUGAUUUUUAUAAGAUUUUUACGCGUAGAAAAAUACUGCCAGUUAACUGUAAACAUAGUGUAGAUAGUGUUACAAAAAAAAAAAAAAACGUAGAAUAUUUUUCUCAAAUUUGAUGUAAGUCGACGUAAUUUCAAUGAUUCAUAUCAAUCUAAAAAUGUUGAAUUUAAAAUAAAACGUGCCAGUAUCAUUAUAGACGUACUAUAAUUAAAGAUUUUAACAUUUUUUUUUUUUAGUUUAUGUAAUGUUUUAAUUUUCGUUAAUGACUUAAAUGUCUGACAAUUACUUAUUUUAGUUCAUUUAAAUUUCUCCUCGUCUUCCUAACAUAUCGUUAAUAAGAGUCGUUAGAGAUUAUUUUAUUUACUUAUUUAUUUUGUUUAAACUCAGAAACUUUCUGAACCCUAUAUUUAUUUAGAAAUUUACCAAAUCCAUAUCGUAUUAGUAUCCUUGAUCAACAAUUUUUAGUAAUAAAUUCAAUAAAAUUUUGUAAAUAUAUUUCUGUAACUAGAAUUAACACAAUUUGAUAGAUGAUUACAAAAUAUUUCCGAUUAUCCUAAAAUUGACUAAAUCUACGCCCUUGUCCUAAAAUAGAUGCGAUUUUAAGACACGUAGAUGAUAAUUCUUGUUGGGUUAAGAUGUUAUAAAUGUGCCUUAUAUCUUUACGUAAUAUUGUAUUUGAAUGUUGAAAUUUCUGUAUAUAAUGCAAUGUCUCUUGUAUAAUAUUAUGGCGUAACUUUAGAUGAUAUAGUAGUAUUUGUAAAAUAAAGCAUUAUGUUGGAUUUAUAA